CACUUUUUCGCCAUUGAUUACCAGUGUAAAGUCCAACAAUGCGAUUUAGUAAUUUCAAGAUGGCAGCCUCCAUGGGAGAGAAAUUGAAGUGCAGAGAUUUGCACGGAUAUUUGCAGACUUUGCCUUCAUCUGUACUUGACAGACUAUACAAUCAUCCAGCAACAUGUUUGGCUGUGUUCAGGGAGUUGCCAACACUUGCCAAGCAUUACGUAACUAGAGUACUUUUUGUUGACCAGCCAGUGCUCAAGACUUCAGUGGAGUCGUGGGUACAAAAAUCUCAUCUAGCAAAUCACAAGAAGGCAAUACAGGUAUUAUCAGACCUGCGAGUGUGGCAGGAUCAAACGCUGCCUGGUGGCCUACCUGGAUGGCAGCUCAACACGAUCUUCAGAACAAACCUGAGAAUAACACUAUUGGGAGGGGGUAAACCGUGGUCUGGCACAGGCAAAACAGCCCCCGACAAGAAUGCUAAGGACAUCGAGAGCCUCAGCAAGUAUGCACUGGACCGAUGGGAGCUUGUACUUCAUUUCCUUGUUGGGUCCAAGGGAGACGACAGUGUGUCUGCUGAUAUCGCUCACGUUUUAGUUCAUUCAGGUCUCAUGAAACAGAAUGAGCAAGGCAAGCCUGUUAUAACACCGUCUGGUUUCCAGUUUCUGCUUUUGGACACGGCAUCCCAGGUGUGGUUCUUCAUGCUACAGUACCUAGAGACGGCAGAGUCCCGAGGACUGAAUCUUGUGGAUGCUCUGUCAUUCCUCUUUCGACUCAGCUUUUCAAGUUUUGGAAAGGACUAUUCCUGUGAAUCGAUGAACGAGUCGCAAUUGCAGUUUUUGCAGCACCUCCGAGAGCUAGGCCUGGUCUUCCAGAGAAAGAGGAAGAGUAUGCGCUAUUAUCCAACAAGUCUAGCAAUCAAUCUGGCAUCAGGUGUUACUAAUGCGAGUACAGACACCCACCGGGAAGGUUUCCUUGUGAUUGAAACGAACCACCGAGUCUAUGCCUACACUGAGUCUGAUCUUCAAGUAGAGAUCCUUGGUCUGUUCACACAGAUGCUGUACAGAUUUCCUAACUUAUCUGUCGGUAUGGUUACAAGGGAGAGCAUACAGCAAGCAGUGUCCUUUGGCAUCACGGCUGAGCAGAUACUGCACUACCUAAGGACCAAUACGCACCCAGAGAUGCGCUCCAAAGUUCCGAUUAUUCCACCGACCAUCAGUGAUCAGAUCAGACUGUGGGAAUUGGAGAGAGACAGACUGUCUUUCCAACCAGGUGUUGUCUACAAUCAGUUUCUCUCAUCGCAAGACUUUGAACUUCUGCGAGAUUAUGCUAAGGAUCUGGGUGUCUUGAUGUUGGACAAUGCCGUCACCAGAACAUUGGUGGUGACAACGAGCGGUCAUGAUGAUGUCAAGAAAUUCUGGAGACGACAGAAGAAGGGUCAACAAUCAUAGCAGAAUGGAAAAUGACUUCUUUUUUUUAUAUCCAAAUAUUUAUUUCAAACUUCUUUACUUUGUGGUCAAGCUAAUACCUUCCAAAGAAUCAAACAAACUGCACAACUAUCACUAACCUUGAAUCUCUUCAGCGGGUUAAUUAUUGUGUCUGAUUCCACGAAGAAAUUCCACCAAUGGCAAUCCCUGGCCGAACCACGCAAAUCUUUUCUACAAUUUGUAAUGUGGCUUUGGCAUUACAAUUCACCCGACUACAGUUUUGCCUUAGUUACUUCCCAUCUCCCAAACCACUGUAUUUAACCCUCGGUGUGGCCACGUGGUGAUAAAAUUCUCCACAUUUUCCAUAUAUGGUCAUAACCUUUUUUUCAAUAGGCCAGUAAGGCCAAUAUUCCAUGUAAUCCUCACCCCUGUUAUACACCACAAGCCUUGUAGACUCCCAUUGGCCAGACCCUAACCACUGCAGAGUAAGGAGUGUUGAAAGACAGCAGCCCCAAGAGGCGCCUAAUGCCUUUGUGCAGUAAUUGGAUAUCUUAGUGGCCAACCCCUUUGUGCCCCCGAUCUCUCUGUGUCAACCCCUCGUGCCGCCCAGAGCUCAGACAGGUCGUAAACAAUCCUAGCCCACACAAAGGCCAUGUGACCUGCCUAUAUCUUGUGCAUGAGGGGGUUAUUGACCUAGAAACAGUGUGGUGAUAAAAUUCUCCAUGUGGUUUCACAGUGUGAUUUUGCAAUCUUCUUUUCAAUAAAUACCGGUACAUGGAUGUGCAGAGUGUCUCAAAAAAAGUGAAGCAGUCAAUCCAUAAAUAUUAAAAAUAUAUUAGCACUCUCUUUUUCCAAAGGUUAUCUAUAGAGUCCGAAGGUGUAGUAAAUACUCUACACAAUGGUCUUUAUCCCAUCUCAUUUGGACACCCCAGUCCAGAGAUACAGCUAAUUAAAUGAAAGGACUAGAAUUCCAAGAAAGUGGCCCAAACAGAUUUUGAGAGUCUUCUACAAGCUUUGCCGUAACUUUUAAACAAAAGGUCCAUUACACACAGAACAAAAAUCCUGUCAAGGGUAAAGAAAACACUCUAUCAUCUCUUGGUAAAUUUUUUUACAUUUUUUUUUACUUUCCUUAGAAGAAAAAUGUAGUUUGACUGCUAGAUUUUGUUUAGACACCCUGUUUAAGGCACACAGCUUAUAAUAUUUGUAUUCCUGAAUUUUUUUCAAAUUAGCAAGACUAUGAAACUCAAACAGGACGUCCUAUACAUGUAUGUUUGCGUAAAAUGGACAUGUACAGUACUUAUUGGCAAACUCUUUCAAAGUACAUAGUAUAAAAAAAGCACAAGUGGAUAAAAAGGUCUUUUUUAUGUAUUUUUGUACAUAUUGAAUAAAUUACUCCUGAUAUACAAGUUGAUUGCAUAUGUUGCAUUCUGUUAUUCGAGCUUUCUGAA